CGUCCAGUUUCCGUUAAAAACAUCCGAGUUGUUGUGAGCUGGCUAGCACAGAGCUAACGUUAGCGAGUGGAGUUAUUUGUGCUAAAUUAGCCUUGAGGCUAACGAGCUUGCUACUUGUACCAUGUAGCGUUAACAAUACAAUUAAAAUGAACGUAAUUUUAACAAUAUGUAACGUCCUUGUCGCUAAACCUAACGCAUAUAUUGUUAGAUUUCGCUAUUAAAAGUCUGAGAUGCGAGUGUUGCAACGGCUUAGCGGUUAGUUAGCGUAGAGCUAACACUGGCUUAGCUUUAACUCAGUAGCUUAACGUUGCUAAUGUUUCUCCUGAGACGCAGCAUCAAGGUGACGUUGUUAAGUUAUUGAUUUGAAAAGGAAGAUGAGGAAAAUUUAGCACAGCUUCGCCGAUGGUUUGAAUAUUUUAAAGUUAACCUUAACUGUUUUGCAGAAAGGGUUUGGAAACCGGAAAAAGUGACAAGUUUGAGUUGUUGGCUGACUUUGAGGAGGCAGCGGGUUGAUCACGGCCACACUCACACACUUCACACACCGACCUGAAGACCCGUGGUGUCUGUGGAGAGAGGGUCGAACACCUGGAGGAGAAAAGAAACGCACACUGAGGAAUCAAAAGGGGUGGAAAGCUUUUCGGCUUUGGACUAGUUAACCCCUUGUAUGAUUUAUGAUUUCAGGAUCCAGUUUUUUUUCUCCCGUGGACCGACAUAUAUCCACACAGUGGAAAUAAACGGAGAGCAUUACAGACUACGUGAUUUUGGGGAAAAACUUGUACAAAAUUGGACAUCCUUUUUUUUCAAGUCAGGGAUAUUGAGCAACUUUUAUGGACUAAAAAGUGGAAACAGGAAAUAUUGUUCAAUUUAGAAACAGAAGUUUAAGUCUUGAACAAAGAUUAUAUUGAAGAAGCUGUUCCCCAAGUUCAGAUUGCCUUAGUUGUUCUAUUUCAGGACUUGAACUGCUUUGAUACUUGUUCACAUAUAAUUUUUCUAUAUUGUGGGCAAGUAUAUUUGUGCAUAUGAAUGCAAAUUUCUCUUCAUUUUGAAGAGCUCUUGUAUAAAAACGUGUUUUUUGUGUUUUUUUUUUUUUUUUUUUUUGUUCUUGUACGUCAGUCACUCUGUUGCUGAAGGGGACCGAACUGCACGUACAUGUGGAUAUGUAAAUACUACGAAUUGACUUCUGUUGUGAAAGCUUUGGACUUGAAAAGAAUAGAGAAUAUUGUUUGUUAAUGCUUUAUUAAACUUUUUUACUUUUGAAGAGAAUUUUUAAAAAGAAAAACCUAAGAGGCAAAAAUCUAAUACCUUGAAGAAGAAAAAAACAAAACAAAAGCAAGGAACACCGUGAAAAUGGCAACCGCCAGAACCGAAACCGUUGGCCCAGUCGUCAUGGGACUGAACAAGCAGAAUGGGCAGCUCAGAGGACAGACCAAACCAGCUUCAGUCCUGCCAGCACCCACAAAUCAAGGAAAGGCUUUGGGUGCACCCCAGAUAGCAAGCGGUGCCUCUCAGGACGGAGGAGGCAUCAAGUUUGGAGAUGACUGGAAAAAGAGCCUAAAGCUCCCUCCCAAAGACACCAGGGUCAAAACCUCAGAUGUGACGUCCACUAAGGGGAAUGAAUUUGAAGAUUACUGUCUGAAAAGAGAACUCCUGAUGGGAAUCUUUGAGAUGGGUUGGGAGAAACCUUCCCCUAUCCAGGAGGAGAGCAUUCCCAUCGCCCUGUCUGGACGGGAUAUUCUGGCUCGGGCUAAGAAUGGAACAGGGAAAAGUGGAGCCUAUCUCAUCCCACUGCUAGAGAGAAUAGACCUGAAAAAGGACCACAUACAGGCACUUGUCAUGGUGCCCACCCGUGAGCUGGCACUGCAGGUGAGCCAGAUCUCCAUCCAGAUCAGUAAACACCUGGGAGGAGUCAAAGUCAUGGCCACCACCGGGGGCACCAACCUGCGAGAUGACAUCAUGCGCCUGGAUGAGACCGUGCAUGUGGUCAUCGCCACGCCCGGUAGGAUCCUGGACUUGAUAAAGAAGGGAGUGGCAAAGGUGGAUAGAGUCCAGAUGAUGGUGAUGGAUGAGGCGGAUAAGCUGCUGUCUCAGGAUUUUGUGGUGCUCAUCGAGGAUAUCAUCAGCUUCCUGGCCAAGAACAGGCAGAUUCUGCUCUACUCUGCAACCUUCCCCAUCAGCGUGCAGAAGUUCAUGGCCAAGCACCUUCAGAAACCCUAUGAGAUUAACCUGAUGGAGGAACUGACUCUGAAGGGCAUUACUCAGUACUACGCCUACGUCACAGAGAGGCAGAAAGUCCACUGCCUCAACACACUAUUCUCCAGGCUUCAGAUCAACCAGUCAAUUAUCUUCUGUAACUCCACUCAGAGGGUGGAGCUCUUGGCCAAGAAGAUCACUCAGCUGGGUUACUCCUGCUUCUACAUCCAUGCCAAGAUGAUGCAGGAAUAUAGAAACCGUGUGUUCCACGACUUCAGAAAUGGACUGUGCAGAAACCUGGUUUGCACUGAUCUCUUCACUAGAGGUAUUGACAUCCAGGCUGUCAACGUCGUCAUCAACUUCGACUUCCCGAAGAAUGCUGAGACUUACCUCCAUCGUAUUGGAAGAUCAGGGAGGUUUGGUCACCUGGGCUUGGCAAUCAACCUUAUCACAUCAGAGGACCGAUUCAACCUGAAGGCCAUCGAAGACCAGCUGGUGACCGACAUCAAGCCCAUUCCUGGCAGCAUCGACAAGAGCCUCUAUGUGGCUGAGUUCCACUCGUCCGGCGCCGACUGUGAUGUGGAGGAGGUUGAGGAGAAACCAGGACGCCAACAGGACAGCACCUAAAACAGGGCAGCAGGGCACCCCGGGCUUUUGCACAGACAUCAGCGCUUGCACACAGGCUUCAGGCAACUCUACAGUUUCACAUUUCUCAGAUGUUUUCAGAGCCUGUCGAAUGGAUGUAAAGGCGGGUUGGUUUUUGUUUGUUUUUUUUAAGCCUUUUCUUUUCCUCAAAGAGAGCUGUCUCAUUGUUGUUUUUUAUUUUAUUAAUUGAGAAAGUUAAACACUAUUGUUUUGCACCAAACUCAGAAUGGACAAUGCAUCCUGUGUAUGAGCUUAUUGAGCGUAUUUUUCCUAAAAUGUGUCUUGGUUAGACAGCACUUGCUGUUGAAACGGAGACAGCCGUGCAAAUGAGUAUCAAAGCUGUUUUGAACCCGUCAUCCUAGGAGACUGUUUUCAUUGCCAGCAGCAAGGUUGGUCUCUUUUUAAUGUUACAAUGGUGCACUUACACCAGCCAUCGGUCUGUCCACUUACACUGUUGUUGUCACUUAAGUGCCUUACUUACCCCCAUGUGCACUCAUCCAUUCAUAGCCUGCUGUCUUCUGUCAUGCAGCAGAGCACGAGCACAAAUAAUAUGAAUUUAAUAGUAACCCAAGUUUAUUUAAACAUCCGUUAUGCAAGGGAAAAAGACAACACACACUGUCCUGCUGAGGUGUGUUGAAACACGGCUCAAACUCCUUAAAAAAAACAAAACAAACAUCUUGAAUGUGAACGUUUAUUUUUAAUGUGAACGUUGCAAUAAAAAAGGGCAGCUUUACUUAAAUACUGCGUGACUGUUUUUCCCUUUGGCUAUGAAUAAUACAUGAGCAGAGUUAAUACAAGAAGACGGCUAAAGACGCAAGCCCGCAUACUGAUUCAUGGAUGUUGGCCUACAACCACACAAACAGCAUGGAAAAUGAAUGGCAGCCUCAUGCUGUUACAUUAUGGCUGUUGCUGGGGAGUUUUCCCGCAGACAGCUGUUGUCUGGAGGUUGUUUUACAUAAAAAUAUCACAUUGGGCUGGUGAAUACUGUAAACCCAUCGGCCACUGUGGCUGGUAAAUGAAAAACUGCUUUCCUAUCCUGCACACAGCUACGGCACAGGACUAAUGCAUCAGAGACUGGUUCCAAACAGUUUUGAUAGCAACAUUUUCUAUUACUAAGCUGAUACACAAUUGAGUAUCAAUAGGUCCAGUGAGUGAGUGUUUUUUGUGGAAGUUGGUGCAAAACAAUAGUUUAAUUUUUUAUUUUUUUUUCUCUGUCAUUUUCUUUUUCCCCACAUCUUCAGAUUCAGUUGAAUUACAAGGUGGAAUUAAUUACAGGAGCAUUUUUGCAAAUCCUAAGAAAAUUUUUUUUUAAAGCCCCAUCAUGGCAAAAUUGAAGUUGGUGAAUGUAUUAGUUGCCAAUGUGUACUCUCUGUAGCCCAAUGGUUAAAUGCCAAGCUCUUGAGCAUAUUUGACAGUUGUUAAUUGUAUUGCUGCUGUUGCGUUAGAAACUCCUCUUCAGGCUGUGCUUUUAUGAAAUUGUAUACUGGAUAUGAAAUGGUUUCAUGGACCAGAGUGAUGAAACCUGCUCAGUCUAAAAAAGGACCACGUUGACCUUUAAUUGAACUACAGCUGAAAUUAGAAAAACAAAUGUCAGUUUUGUUUCUGCAGCAGCGAUACCUUUUUUUUUUUUUUUUUUUUUUUUUUUCCCAGCACAUCUGUUUAUAAAAAUGUGAGGAUUCUCAUUUGUGAGGGGUGGGGCUCUGUGUUUGAAAGCAAAACUGUAGCAUCUUUGAACAGGCAGCUGUGACUUCUUUGUUUUUGUUCCUCCCCUUACAGAGCGUCAGUAAUGAUAAAAAGAAAAGACAUAAAAAGAAAGUAUUUUUUGCUUUUAAAAUUUAUUUUUGAUGUUGCUUAAAGCAGUUUGAAGGGGGAGGGACUGUGAGGCUUUAGCACUGGGUAACUUCUGGGGGAUUUUUGGGUGGGUUUGCAGAAGCCAAGUGUUUUUAGAUGCUCUCUGGACAUCUUGAAUCCUUCUCUCUGGUACUUAAAGCAAAGAUAAAACCUUUUUGGGAUUUUUUAAAGUCUUCACCCCCCCCCAGUUUGCUUCAUGUUUUAAAUGCCAGAGAGAGCGUUAAGUUAUAUAGGAGAGAGUUUCUGGAAAGUGUUGAAGCACUGUGAUCUUCUUGAACCUGUUCCAUGUUUGUGUGACGGAUGAUCAAAGUGCUAUGAUUUGUUUUCAGCAACUCAAUCCAUUUUCCACUUGGGCAAUCUUUAUACGAGGUGUUAUGAAUCAUUUUGAGGAAACAAAAUUGUAAAUGAUUCAUUGUUUACACUAGUCGUUUACAAUUAUACAAAAAAAGAAAAUGCUUUGCUUCAUGGGUGGAGGAGUUAGAAAUUUGUUUCCCUUUUUUUAACUUUUUUUUUCUUGAAAUAGAUUUUCAGGAUUUACAUUGAAGCAAAACCAAAAAAGGAGAAUGUCGUAUGAGUGGCACACCUAAAUGAGAGGCAUUUAGGUGUGUGUUUGAGUGAGGAGAGGCGUGUGUGUGUGGGACUGUUUGAACAAGGUGUGUGUGUGCUUGUGUGUGUGAGAGAAUUUAUGAGACGUAUGUUUGAAGCUGUGACAGGCUGAGUUUUGUUAAGAAUCAUUACGUUUACAUGCAGCGUCAACUAAACCCUACUGUGGAUGUCUGGAUUAAGAGGUCGUCCUUGGGGAAAAUCAGUAACCAGAGCCAAUUUGGUUACUCGUGUGGAUGACGGGUAAUUUGGAAAAAUAAUAAAACUGUCCUUUUGAGGCUGCAUGUAAGCGUAAUUCUUGAAUGUCUUUCUUUUUUUCUGGGUAUUUUCAUGUGCAGACUCGUCUUGUGUUUUUGUUGGCGGUGUACGGUGUCUUAAAUAUCAGUAUGGAUGUUUACAGGGAUGUGAUUUUUUUUGGGGGGGGGUUCUCCUUUCCAUCUCCCGCUUCCUCCAGGAGUUCAAGUUUGUGGACAUAAAUCUAAUUUCUAAUGACAAAUUUCAACUUUUCUGUUUUUUUAUGUUUUAUGUCCCUGAUCACAUCCCUGACAGUCAUUCCAUGAUCUCCUUUGUGAUCCCAAAAACAGCAGAGAUUACACAUUUAUAGCUGAACCUAUCAAGACCUAUUGGUGGGGAUAGUUUAGGAAUUUUUCAUAUAUACAUUUUUUGAAGGGGGAAACAUAAAAAAUAUCUCCUGUCUAUUGUCGUUAACUAAAUAUUAAACGUCAUCCCAGACCUUUUGCCUGUAAUCAGCGCACAAAACGUUCAACCCCUUAAAGAAAAACUGCCCUUUAUUACAACUUCAUUCAACUUUACUUUUGUAGCUCCACCCAUAUGUUAUAUCACUUAUAACAUUUUGCUCACCAAAGUAAUUGCCGAGAUCUCAGAACAAGGCCACAUCACUGCAAUGGGGCGUUUGAGAGCUCAACACUUAACUUUGGUAAGAACCAUAACCGAUGACUGGAGAUACGAAACUAAGAUCUAAGUUGUAAUAAACCUUUUUUUGUUUGUUUGUUUGUUUUUUAAGCUAUGUUCGACAUGAGUUUGUACAUUUUAUGUUGGAUUAAACUCGUGCAUCAGUGGUCACAAAGGAGGUUAUGAUAAAUGCAGUUAUGAAUGUUGAGUGAUUUUUGUCAUCUUGUGUUGUCAAGACGUCUUUGUCUGUGUGAGCACUCUGGACUGUGGAGUCAGGAGUGCUGACGGGGGUGGGAGGGAUAUUUGUCAAAAACUUGUUUGAAAAGGACAACUUAAUAAAAAUAUUUGAAAAGGGUGAGGAUUUGGGUACAAGAUAGCAGUUUUGAGAUUACUGUUUGGGAUUCUGCAAAUUCUAAAUUGGUGGAAAUAAGAAAAACAAGUCAACACCUUGACUUAAAACUAGUAUUACUGGCUGAACUGCCCCUAAUUCUACUGUGCAUAGCUAAAUUGAAUUGAAUCCCUUCAUUUGUUGCACUAAUGCAGACUCACCCACGCUUCAGGCAAUUUCAGCCAAACUUAAUGAUGAACUCAGCAGAAUUGUAGUAAGCUGAGGGUAAAGUUACAACAGUAUUUCCCAUGCAGUGGAUAGAAAACAGUGGUGUUAAGACUCUAAAUUGGCUCUCAAAUUGUUUUUUUGUUUUUUAAUGUAGCUGGGGAUAAAGUUGCAACAGUAUUUUCUCUACAACAUGGAUGGGAAGGAGUGGUAAUACAGUGUUUAUAAAUUGGCUCGCAAAAAAUGUUUGCUCAUUUGAUCCCUCAUACUUAAAAAUUCAGUUUUCUUUUCAUAAAACCCUCCUGUUGUCACAUUGUUAUUUGAGUUGUUCAGUCUUCCCUGUACUUAUUGGUACCUUGGUGGCCCAAACAAUUUUCAGCCCCACGUUCAAGUGAGUUGCAUCACUUUGGACUUCAACUAUAAUUAAAACUUAAAACCGGACUCCAUGUUUAGGAUGUCUAUUUAUUUUCCUCCCUCACUGUCCCAUGAUUUCCUUUUUGUGCCAUUAGAACUCAGUAAUGAUUGGGUGGUACUGCAAAAAAAAAAAUGCCAUUCUUGCAUUGUCCAUCUUUAAAUGCUUUUGUUUGUUUUCUUUCCUUACGAAAUGCAUUGAGAGGCACAAGGGUUUUCACCAACUUGUGUUAAUCGCUCUGUCCUCUACUGGUGUAACGUGGAAAUACAUGCAGAGGUUAUAAAAUUCAAUAAAUUGAACUUACACUG